GAAUGGAGGCUCAAGUUUUCGAUUUGGAGAGAAGUCGCACGAGCGGAGAUGGUAUGGAAGAAGAAAAGUCCAGUUCGACAAAAUUGGAACAUAGAAGCAAAAGAGAGAAUGAUGACCAUCGUAAUGUUACACGUUAUCCAACUGUUGCUAAUAUAAAAGAAAAUAUUCACAGGAAAAAUGCGGCUAGUAACGCAACAGAUGCAAAUAGUUCAUUACCAUUACCGGGUUUACAUUUAUUGUAUCGCCGAUCCGAUGGGGGGAAACGCAAUAUCGCACCCAUCGUACCUAAAGGUGAACUUGUUCAAAUGAGACCACGUUUAGUUGCUACGCCAGUUCGUAUAACUGAGCAUAAAAAAGUUAAACCUCCAAAGUUUAUACCAUAUGAACCGUAUCCAGGUGCUACCAAUUUAAUGGUUCCAUGUACCAAAAGCCCCGAAAGGAUGAUGACAUUAAAAAAAAAUAACAAUUUAGACAUUGGUGUGCUUGUCAGCCAAAUGUGUACAUUGCGUGCACAGGAAAUGGAUCCAAAAUCUUGUAAGGAGCGAAAGAAUAAGGAUGUAAUUAAUGUGAAAUUGGAAGACGAACUUAGAAAAACUAAAGAGGAGCGUGAUUACUAUCAGGCGCAGUUUAGAUUUCAAGUUCAAGUCAACUCUGAACUAAAAAAUUUGUUAGUAGCGUCUGUAGGUGAAGAUUUGCAAACACAUGUCAAUGUGCUGACGGAGGAUAAGCUCCAGUUAGCGCGCGCCUUGCUAGACACAGCCAAAAACUUAACUACUCACGCGGAACAAAUUGAAUUCCUUGCGGGCCAAUGCGAAGUAUGGCGAUCAAAAUUUCUGGCAAGUAGCGUUAUGGUAGAAGAGUUGGCACGCUGGAAAGCAGAUCUUACUCAAAAAACUCAAACGAUGGAGGAAUCUACUAAACGUUUACUACACGCAAUACAUCAGAUUCGAGAAAUGCAAUUGGAAAUCCUUCGUAAUUUGAAAUUUAUGGCAAAGAUACGCUACCUAAACCUUCCAGCAACUGACGUAAUAAGCCUCAGUGUAGAAAAUUUAAAUAUUUUGCAGCAGAUGGUACUACAUUCAGGUGUAGGUAUCCCCGAAGAUGGCAUGGAUAUUUUAAGUACUAGUAAAAAUCCAUUAUGCGAAGCGGAGAAAUAUGCUGUACACGCCCUGGAAUUUGUUAGCCAACCUUUAUUGGCUACCGAUGAUGCAAUAAAAGCUCUGUUUGACCAAGCUCAGCGGCCGUAUGGAUUAGGUUCCAGUGUCCGAUAGUUGUGUCAAGUGUUGUAGUUGGGGGCAUUUACAUUUUACGGUUCAAUUGCCAUUUACACGAGUCGAUUUUGGUUGAACGACAAAUAUUUUUCCCUGCCCCGUUUAAAAACAGCUAAGCCUCUUUUUCUGUAACUUCUUUAUUUGUCCGAUUUCUAUAAAAGAUACAUCGUUGUAAAGGUAUUUAGAAAGUCUACAGUUGUAUAUAUAAUAAUAAAUGAUUGGCGCUUACACA